UCAUCUCACACACUUUCGCGCCGCCAGCAUCUCACUGCCGGGUCGGGAGAGGCUGCUAUCACGCUGUCGUCACAGUUUUUUGUACCUAUCGACGGAUAUCAUCAUUACCUUGCGAUUGAUAACGUUUUUAGGGUACAAUCUCAAGUCGCUGUUUGGUGUGUUUAUAUAUAUGUAAGGAGAUAAAAGGGAAGCAAGAAAGAGGAGAGAGAGAGAGAUGGGUCUCGUCGAAAAGCUUCGGAUCCACGGAUGGUAGUGUUUGAUCGUGUCAUUAUUAAGGAUAAUGCUAAGUCAGGCAUCCCUUUCUUUGUGUUGUAGUGAAUUACUUUACUGGAUGGUAUUUUUCCCUUUUUCUCCUGGUGACUUUAGUGGGUAACAAUGUCGCUUAUUGAUGAGUUGUCCUGACCAUAAAAUGCCCUUCUCUUCACGAUGAUCUUGCAACGAUAAAGGAAAAUUCUGCAAAGACGCCAAGGAGAAAGCAAGAUUUCCUAAAGUGAAACAGGAAAAUGGAAAGAAGGGAAGGACAAGAACAAAAAGCGAUGGUUGAAGAGAAGAGAGAGGAGCGGGGAGAGAAGGAAACGAAUGAGGAGAAAGAGGAGGAAGAGAAGUCAGAUGAAAGGAAGGGAGAGGAAGAAAGCAAGGAGAAUAAGGGGGAGAAGAAAAAUGACGAAAUGACGAAAGAAGAGGAGGAGAAAGACGAACUGAAACAGAAAAAAGAACAGGAAGAUAAUCGAGAGAAAGAGACACGCCUUUGCCUCCCCGACGCCGCUUGCCAAGGGCGUCACGACGGUCUCCAGGAGGAGCCGAAGCCCCGAGGGAAGGGGACGCCGGAGGACGACCUGGCUCCUCCCGACGGCGGCUGGGGCUGGGUGGUCACCGUCGGAGCUUUCAUUAUCAUGAACCUGCUGCCGAUGAUCCCUCCCUGCUUCGGCAUCCUCUUCUCCCGCUUCCUGCUGGACCUCCACACGACGUCCACCACCACGGCGUGGAUCUUCAGCAUUUUCUGCUUCGUGUGGAACCUGUUCGCCUUGGUGUGCCGCCCUCUGACCCGGGAGUUCGGCUGGCGCCCCGUCGCCCUUUACGGCAUCCUCUCCACCGCCCUCGCCCUGGUCAUCUCCGCCUUCGCGCCCACGGCUGAGUUCCUCCUGUUCUCCUUCGCGCUCCUGGCGGGCUCGGGCUGCGGAAUGGUGGUGUGCAUCUGCUUCUGCAUCGUGCCCCUGUACUUCGACCGUCGCCGCGGUCAGGCCAACGCGAUCAUGAUGGCGGGCGCUGGCCUCGGGCAGAUCACCGGACCUCCUCUGAUUGAGUUCCUUCAGGAGGAGCUCGGCUACAAAGGCGCGUCCCUGGUCAUGGGGGCGGUGGUGCUGCAUGGCUGCAUCGGGGCCUCGCUCUUCCACCCCAUUUCGUGGCACCAGAAGAGGCGGCCUCGGGGGGGCGGAGCUUCGGAGGCGAAGAGGGACACGGAGGCGCCCUUGCUCGCCACGCGGGCGAGGACUCUCUCAGGUGGCGUCUCGGGAGCCCCAUCGAUGGAGAGCCUCGGUGGAGACUCGGAGUAUAAGAAAGCAGGUAACAGCAUCCCGGUGAAGAAGGCAUUGCCACUGGGUCCCUGUCGCCGACGCGGCAGCUACGUCUCUCGAAACUCUCUGGCAUCCGUCGGAGGAUCCUCUCUCGCCCUUUCGUCCAUGGACCUCCCUGGCAUCGCCGCGCUAACCCCAGCUGCUGCAGAAGGCGAGGAGGACGCCCCUCGGGACACCGACGCCCACUGCUUCCUCCUCAAGAUCCUCGGGCGGGUGUGGCGGUCCACCCUGGCGGACCUGGGAGUGCUCCGUUCGCCCGAGGCCGUCAUCAUAGCGGUGUCCUUCUCCCUCUGCGUCAACGGCUACAUCACCUUCGUCAUGAUGGUGCCCUUUGCCAUGGAGGCCGAGGGUUUCACGCUGCAGGACUCCGCGAUCUCCAUUUCUAUCUCGGCGGUGUGCAAUUUCACGAUGAGGAUCACAGCGUCCUUCCUCUCGGACUGGCACCGAUUCAACGUCAGGCACUGUUACCGGGCGGCCGUGCUCCUGAUAUCUCUGAGCACGUUUGCCUUCCCCCUGGCGACGAAGCUCGUGUGGAUGAAGGUGGCGAUGGGCGCUUGGGGCGCGGGCGUGGGCACCAAGAUGAGCCUCUACAACCUGGUCAUCAUAAACGUCGUGGGGAUAGACCGGCUGCCGGCCAUGGUCGGGUCGACGGGCCUCACCACCGCCGUCGGCUUCAUCGUCAUCGGCCCGCUCAUUGGCGUGGUGCGUGACAAGACCGGAAGCUACCUUAUUAGCAUGUGGGUGUUGGCAGCUCUGACAUUCUUUAGCUUCUGUCUGUGGUUGGUCCUUCCCGCGCCCAGAGGUGAUCAAAGAGCCAAUCGGGAAAUCAACGGAAGCCGUCAAACAGUAAAAGAAAAGAAAAGAAUGAAAAAAAAAAUGUAAAAAGAUGCACAAUUACAAGAGAAAAACAAACCAUGGGAAUACCCCUAAAGAUGUGAUGGAGCGUGCAGUUCAUGAAGUUCUUGUAGCAAAAAGGCCAUGUCGUGCUGUGGCAAAAGAUUUCAAUAUUCCUCAUGUAACCCUCCGCAGAUACUGUUUGAAAAAUACGAACAGUCAAACAGAGCGAGAAAAUGAAGUUGUCAAAGUGAGACUAGAAGAGUAUGGAUGGAUAUUGUAGAGGAAGCAGCAAAGAGAAAGUCAGUACAAAAACUGGCAAAAAGAACACAAAGGCAGCUAGGCCCUUGAGCAGGAAUCGGAGACAAGCAGCGAGAACAACACCAUGCCAGACAUGACAUCUGAUGAGGAGGAACCUUCUGACUGUGACAGCAAUGCAGACAACCAGAUGCUUGGAAAUCCUACGGAAGCUAAGGUUGGAGAUUACAUCCUCAUACGAUUCGCUGGUAAGAGGGUAGUCCACUACUAUGUUGGACUAAUGUUGGACAUCAAUGAUGAUGAUGCAAUAACAUCAAAGAUCAUGAAACGUCUUCCUAUGAAAGACAGCUAUACGUUCUCAAUGCCUGAGGAUGCUGAACUCUUCACACAUGAAAGGGAAGAUGUCAUUUUCAUUCUGCCAAAGCCAUCUAGCAUGGGCGGUACCAGGCACUGUCAACAGAAAAUUGUGUUCCCCGUAGAUCUUUCGGCCUACAAACUUGAGUAAAUGGGUUAAUUAUGAUCUAAUUAUCAUGCUUAUUGUGAGCAAGUUGCAAUAUGGUGUCUAAUGUGCUCAGUAAAAUAGGCAGACUA